UAUUCCACUAUCAUCCCAUGGCCUCCUUACAAAUCUCAUCCAUAUUUUCCUUCAAGAGAAAACACUUCCCUAAUGUCCCAAAAUUCAGACCAAUGCCUUCAUUAGUUCCAAAAAUAUCAACCAAAAAUUCGUUUCAUGAAACAAGCCCAUUUGAAAAGAACGUGACACCAAAAACAUUGCAUGAAGAAGAAGUUACACGUAACCUCAAUAUUCCCAACAACAAGUGUAGCACAACCAUCAUCACUCAAUUCUUUACAAUUUUAGAAAUGGUCUCCGACAGGGUCGAAAUGCACCACAACGUUGGCUUGCAACGCGACAAUUGGAACACCCUUCUUUUGAACUCCGCCAACAUGAUUACUCUCAGUGCCGCAAUCAUGUCCGGUAUGGCUGCCACGUGUCCAGUUGGUUCGAAUGAAACAUUAUUGGCCCUAAAACUAUCAUCCACGCUUUUGUUUUGUGCUGCCACAGUGUUACUACUCGUGAUGAACAAGAUCCAACCCUCACAACUCGCGGAGGAGCAACGAAACGCGACGAGGCUGUUCAAGCAGUUGCAGACAAAAAUGGAAGCCACUAUUGCUCUCCGGAGUCCUUCAGAGGAAGACGUGAACGAUGCGAUCGAGAAGGUUUUGGCUCUCGAUAGAGCAUACCCACUUCCACUAUUAGGAGCCAUGCUCGAUAAAUUCCCUGAAAAAUUUGAGCCUACAGUGUGGUGGCCAAGGCCUAUAAGUAUAACCACUUCACAACACACGAAAGAAGAAGAAGAAUGGGUGGAGUGAGGAAGGUUGUAAGUGACAAAAAAGAAAGAUUUCGAGGAUAGCAACGUUUGGUUGUGUGUUUGUAAACAAUAAUAAUAAUGGGGGUGACCCUUUUGGGUGGAUCAGUGGGUGCUGUGGUUAGUUCCUUUGAGCAUGGUGGUCAAGUGGGUAUGGUGUUAUUGAAAUGUAUAGAAGCUGUGGACUGUGGAGGGUUGUUGCGUGUGUUGGAAGAGAAGGAUUUGGAGAAAAGAGAGAACGAGAGGGAAGGUGUUUGAGGAAAAGUUGGGAAGAAGAGGUUUGCAGCUGAGACCUGAGAGAGCUUGCCAACAAGUCUGCUUCAUGUCGUAGGGAAGGAAUUGGCAUGGAUGAAUUUGCAAGCAGGUUUUUCUAAUUUCUAGGUAUCUUUCGUGUUGGAAUCCUUCAUUGUUAUUGAUGGCCAGGUAGUAGGUAAAAACACUUUGUCUCCUAACAUAUACAAUUCGUACUUUUAAUUAAAAUCAAUAGCUAG